AUGGAGUCGUCGCUCCGCGUGGAGCUGCAAGAACUUCUAGAAUCUAUCUCUUUGGCGGCUCCAGGCGCGUUGACUGGAGAGCGUCUUCAGGAUGACAGUGCGGCCGCAGCAGCGGUGCAAGCUGUGCUCCGCGGCACCGGCGGCGGCGACGACAGCCAGGCGGACGGGGCGGCGGCUGCGUACUUUGCAGCUCUGCGCAAGCGAGUGGCGGCGGCUCUGGCGGACGGCUGCCCUGCAGCGGUCCAGGCGGUAAAGAACGCGGGCGUUCACUGUCUCUGCUCGUUUGUGCAGCACAACAUAACAGGGCCCGGCGCCGGCGUGGCCCCCGCCCCGCUGUGGAGCGCGCCGGGGGCGAGCGCCAAGGCGGCGGCGGCCCUUGGCAAGGACUCCGCUGACGAGGACGAGAGGUGA